CAAUGAGUUCCGCGACGACGUCUACAAAAGGCACCAUUAGACUCCGACUAGACAAGCAGAGACUCUAAUAUUCUGCCAUGCAAUCCCCAAACUGCGUGAAGCGACUGACCUCUGUUGUGUUGAAUUCAUGCAUUAUGUGGCGUAAUUGGACUCAGCUUGCGGAACUGUACUGAUUUCUUGUCGCUGGACGCUCUGGCUGAUGUCCUCCAAAACAAGCCACAGCAAACUUGCAAAGAAGCCGGAGCUGUACUAUACGAACGAAGAUGUUGCCAUCCUGUACGACAUCGUCUUACACGCCGAAGAGCUUCUUGGGAGCCUUCCAGAAUCGGAAAGGAUCCCAACGAACGCGCUAUUCCAGGCAUACUAUGCGAUACUCCCAACUAUCGGCGUUAAUGCCGAUCAUGACAAUCGAUAUGCGCGUGUUAUCUUCAAAGUUGGAGGAAGGCGUGGCGGGGAAUCUCUGUAUCAUAAAUUCGAACAUGUCCUUUCGGAGAUGGGCAUCGAAAUCCAGUUCGACCAAAUCGAGGAGGAAGGUCGUCACACGCUCCAUGGCCUUUCUGAAGGCUCCACUUUUGACAUUCUUCCAAACCCCGGCUUCAACCUUGUCGACAGACCUGACGUCCGGCGCCAAAAGAGGCGGAAUUCGGAAACAUCCAUCUGGACCGUUGGGAGCGGAAAGGACGAUGGUGUCUUGCGGAGGCCACGAUCCAAUUCCCUCCAAUCAUUGCCCCGCCCGGGAUUCAUUGACAACAACUCCCUCGAGAGCAUUUGGCCGCCUACGACAUUCCCUGCUACCACCCUGCCCGAUCCCCAUAAACCCUUCGGGCGAGAUGAUAACGCCCACAGAAUUGGAUCCUGGUUAACUACAGAAGUAAAUACCAAUGGCCUAUCUGCAGCUUCCCAGCGCACCAAUUCUGAUCAGAGUUCGCAAGAAAGGAUUAUAUCGCAUAUAAACACGGCGAGUGAGGACGAUACUGGUAGCGUACCCCUCGAUGCGGAUGAACAACAACCACUCCCGCCAAUUGGCCAUGUGGACCAUCCGCAAGAAAUGCACGCAUUUCCUAUUCCUGUGGCUGCUUCUAGAAUCAACACCAGCGCAGUCAUCGAGAAUAGAAGAGCGUUCUUUCUUCAUAAUCGGAACCGCUCUUUGCUUUUAGACAAACUGGCAUGUUGGCAACAAAAGGCUACGCAAGUCUUUGCAGGAAAUAGCAACCUUGAAGCCCUUGCUAGAAGCAGAGAUAGAGAUGUUCUCCUGAAGCAAGGACUUGAAACCUGGGUUACUGCUCUCCGUGAGCGACGCCGAGUCCUCGAGACUGAGCACUUCUUCUUUUACCUUGAACGUCGUGCCAAACGGGCCCGAGAUAUCUUCUUGCUUGCAAAAAGCUUUACUCAUUGGGCUACGACCGCAUCCGACGAGAUUCAGCGGACGUCAGUGGCCCGAAGGCACAUCUUAAGAACCCGAUUCUUUAAGGCUUGGCGAGAAAUCACAGCAGUCAAUGAACUUAAAGUUCGCCGCCACAUCCAAAAGAAGUUUUUCAAUUCGUGGCGGCGACGCCAAGAGGUAAUAUCCUCUAUUUCCGGCCAUUCCAUUGCGUUGUUUCACGGAAACGUUGUAACACGUGCUUUUUGGCUCUGGUUGUGGUCCUUGCGGGAGAGGAGAGCCCCUAUGUGGUGGGCGAAGAUGGCAAAGAGAAGGCAGAUGGUUUCAUGGACUACCAAAUUAAAGACAAUAAGAGAAAUGAGCACAGUUGGCCAAUAUCACCGUCAGGAGAAAUCAAAGCGAUUGAUAUGGGGUAUAUGGACCAGGAGGACGCGGGACCUCACCAACUUGAAUGAUGCAAGCUUGAUAAUGCAGAAAAGGUCCUCCUGCGUUAAUGCUCUUAGGUAUUUGCGUAGCGCCAAUACGCUACUUCCCUCUUCGAGGCAUAUAAAAUCGAAAGUCAAAUAUGGUCUUUUUGUCAAAUUCUUCGGUAUAUGGCGUUUACGGACUACGCAAGAAAGGCAAGCCCGCGAUCUUGACCGCCACAAGAUAAAAAGGGAGGCUUGGACAGCCUGGAACGACAAAAUAAGAUGCCAGGGCCUGCAACUACGCAUUGCCGAUAGGAAUCUCCUCCAAGCCCUCUAUAGAUGGGUUUUGGCGGAACGCCUAAUUCUUGCACGCCGCCUUUCAAACCAAAAGAUUAUCCGGGCCACUUUUGAGCGUAUGCUACAGACCUCUACGAUAUCGAUUGGCACAGUGUCUGCUGGUAUCCUUAUCGCACUACAGUUUCGGGAGCAGAAUGACAAACGGUCUAUUCUGCGCAAAUGGAGUUCGAAUUUGAAGGUCCAUAGGAGCUUUCAGCAACUCGCUAUCCAGCGCAAUACUUAUCCGAUUCAAACUGCUUUGCUGAAGACAUGGUCGCGGAACCUGAACGACCUGCGGCAGUUGCACGAAUGGGCUAUUGAUGCCAACUUUUACUUUGCUGCAACUAAGGCUCUUAAAAUUUGGCGAGAUGCGACAGAGGCAUCCCGAAGAGAGAAACGACGGACUGCGUAUGCAAGUGUGCGCCGCCAAAACAAACUGAAACUUGCUUCAAGGGUGCUUUAUACCUGGCGGUGCCGGUCUAAGUCAGUGACCAGUAUGGAGAACCUUGCAUCCGAAUUCCAUGGCAGCAGAAUAAAUAACCAUCUUGUCAAAUCAUUGGCUCGCUGGCGAGCUCGAAAGCUAGAGAUAUCGCGGUUAGAGUCUAUCCGGUUGCCAACCAUUCUCAGGGUCAGAUUUGUUCAGUGGAAAUCGUCCUCCAAAGAAUAUUACCAUUUGGACGUUGUUGCUAGCGGAUUCAACGAGGACCGCCUAUACAUAGCUUCCAUGAAGAAGUGGGGCCGUCUUGCCUUACAGUUUAGGGCCCAUCAACACCUCGUAUCUGAGCUUCAUGACAAGCAUGCCAGAAGAGCAGUUCGAAAAAUGGUCUUACACUGGCGACAGCAACUGUUUGACUAUGAAGGCCCGGGAUCUGCUAGCCUACCUGGAACAAAGGCAGUAACAAACCGCAAUAGUAAAAUAUUUGAUUCUUCAGAGAGAUCCGAAGCCCAUUCUGACACGGGAGAAGAUGUUGGUCUUGGAUACUUAACUCAGAAGAGUGGAGGCUUUCUCAACUCAGCACCUGGACGAGGCUAUCUGAAAACGCCCUCAAAGAGAACAUUCAUGAGUAGGACGGCAAACCAGCCAUCCACCACGCCAAUGGCGCCAAUCUCGACCCCCUAUGAAAGGCAAUUGCGUGCGGAACUCUCUGGUCGCUUGUUCCAAUCGUAUUCUCGGAUUUCAAACGAGAAUCCACCAAAUAUUAACGAAGGAUUCGAAGAUUUAACGGAUAAGUAAUAAAUACGGCUGAGGAAUAAUACUACUUAAUACAUCAAUCAGACUUUGAUAAACAUUUGUGGACUUUAAACCUAGACCACGAGCCCAUUCAUAAGUUACCCUGUACCAAAGACAUUGUCGUGAUAUUUUCAGAGAACAUGAUCGGAGUGAGCUGUUAUGAAUAAAUCAUUUAUCAGAAACCCCUUGUGUCCUCAAUGUCAGUCUAAUAUGCCAAACCGUGC